AUCCGGUAACAUUUGCGUUUGAAAGUCAAUUUGGACGUCGCCGUUGAAUUACUCGUAUCACUGCUCUCGUUUCCAGUAAAAUAAGAUCAGUAUACGAAGGCUUGAUGAUGGACCUGCUGUAUCUACUGGUGUGGCUGGUUGUCCUCUUUAAUGUUGUCGCCAUUUUGAUGAUAUUGUGUGGGGAUGCAGACAUUGCUCUUCAAAUUAAGUCCAAGUUUGGAAAGUCUGUCGAGUCACUGGCUGGUCAAGUUGUUUGGAUCACUGGAGCUUCUAGUGGUAUUGGGGAAGAGCUGGCCUACGAGCUGGCUAGGGCAGGGUGUCGACUAGUUCUAUCAGCACGAAGGACAAAGGAAUUAGAGAGAGUGAAAAAGGAAUGCAUGUUAAGAGGGAGUGUUAAAGAUGAGGACAUUCUCAUACUAACCCUGGACUCUAUUGACUUUGCCAGUCAUAAAAGUGCUGUUGACAAAGUCCUUGCACACUUCAAGCAUAUAGACGUGUUGGUUAACAAUGCUGGUCGGUCCCAGCGAGCGGAAUGGAUGAAGACAGCACUCCAGGUUGACAGGGAUAUGCUUGAGCUAAAUGUUCUUGGUGUACUUUCCCUAUCCAAGCUUGUACUCCCCCAUAUGGCUGAAAGGAAGUCGGGACAUAUUGUCAAUGUUUCUAGCGUGGCAGGAAAACUGGGUGCACCACUUUCAGGAUCCUACACAGGUGCAAAACAUGCUGUACAAGGUUGGUUUGAUGCAUUGAGAGUAGAAGUGGGUGAGAAGAAUAUCUAUGUUACCAACAUCUGCCCAGGCCCAGUCUUCUCUAACAUCCUGGCGGUCGCUUUUACAGAAAAUGCUGGCGAGGAAUUAAAGAGUCAAAUGAACCCAAAUGAAAAGCGGAUGAAGACAGACCGCUGUGCUUAUCUGAUGGGGGUCGCCAUUGCCAACAAGAUGUGGGAAGUUUGGAUCACAAGGAACCCUGUCCUUCUGUUUUGCUAUGCAAACCAAUACCUACCCAAUGUCGCAAAAUGGAUGGGCUGCAGAAUGGGCCUUAAGGCUAUUCAGAAGAUAAGAGAAGGACAGAAUUGAUACUUCUUGGAGGAAAACUCAGAUAUCAUAACUUUUUUAUUGGGCCAGUCUUGACACCUAUGGUUUAUACUAUUUAGUAUUCAAUGCUUACACAGAUCCAAUAUCUAGAUAUCACUGUGAGUUAUAAAUGUUUAUUGUUGAAUUUUGUAACGUUUAUGUGAAUGGUACUUAUUUAAAGUAAAGAUGAACUUGUUUAAAACCCCGGUAAAGAAAGUAAAAUAUACUUAAUAUUGUGAUGUAUGACCAAUUUUAUCCACAGAGGGUUACCGGUGAUUUAUAACAACUGUAGGAUUUGAAAUCCAUGAUUUCAGUUUUCUGUAGCAUAUGUAGAAAUAGUGAAAGUUGUAAAGGGAUAGGUGUGCAUGAUAAGUUAGACUUCUUGGUACACACAGUAAUGUGAAUCAUGUCAUUCUAAAAACAUCAUACUACAAGUUUAGGAGAUGAUGUGGCAUUUACCAAUUAUGAAAUAUUAUUGUAAAGAAUAGAACAUUCUUAAGAUUAUUGCACCAGUUAAAAAAAAAAGUAGAGCUAACAUUGUUUUAUCAUCUUAUCGAUAUUGAUAAAUGAGUGGUACCAAUAUUUAAAAAUAUUUUUAAAAAUCUAAAACUUUUCAUUGUUUCUCAAAACUAUUGCUUUAUCAAAAACACACAUAUUUUACAAUGUUUUUACAUGUAGGUGUAUUUUUAAUGGAAAUAUUUAGUUGAAAUGUCAAUGGAAAUGUUUUGUGUGGUGUAAGUCUAAUUGUUGUGAAUUAAAUUUGCAUGCAAGGGCUUUGUUUAUUGUUUAGAAAUAUGCUGCCUGUCUUCAGAUGAAGAGAUGGUUAUUGUUUCUAUAAGUAGCACACAGUUACUGUUAGGACUCAGUAUAUCAAAUUGAAACUUUAUUAUUCAACGUUAUUACCAGACAUUCUGUCUACUGUUUCUUUAGACAGUUAUGGAAAUUGAUCUGAAACUUGUAUAUGUUCACUAAAUUGCUGUAACCUUCAGACCACAAUCUUAAUUCAUUUGAAUAAUAACAGUUAAGAAUAUGCACAAGACUACAUAGCUUAGUGUGAUGUCACUUGUCUGGUAGUGUGCUGGAAUUAAGUACCCAACCAUUUCUAUAAGCAAGUGUCCUGAAGCAAUCUUCAGUCUAGAUGGAUUGAAUGUGUUUUAAAUGUCGAUCAUGAGAAGUGGAGUAAAGACAAAAGGUUUAAGGUCUUGGUCAUUACAAUGAUAUACAUAUAUAUAUAUAUAGUUUUUUUUUUUAUAAUUUGCUACUUUAGAGAACCAUGUUUUAUACCCAAAAAUCUUAUGUAAUAACAAUCUGGAAUGUCACAAAUAUCAAAUGUAUUUCAAAUUCUAUCAACUGUUAGUAAAGUUAUUUAGUAUGUGUCUACACAUUGUAGAUGAUUAUUAAGUUUUCUCCUCUGUUUUUACAAAAUUGUUGACUUUCUACGUCAUAAUGAUUGUCAACAUAUUUUGUUUAUGACUCUGUGUGGUUUUUUUUUACUAUGUUCCUCAACUGAAAUGUCAACACAAUUCAAUGGUAACAAUACAUAAAGCUUAAAAAUUAUUUUACAUGCAUGUACAUUUUAUGAUCUAGUCAGUAUAAAAAAUCAGUGUUUUGUACGAUGUUACAUUACCUUUUACAGCAGGACUGAAAUAUCUUGUUAAAUCAUAAAUGGCAGUGAAAUGACCCAAUGUACAAUUUGAAGCAGUAUUUGUAAGUGAAAUGUAACGAUGUGCAUAGCAAAAAUGUGCUAUCACAUGUCGUUGAAAUGUUAUUUUUAUCAGACUGCUAUAUGCAAGUUCAGUGUGAUAAUUGUGAUUUUCAGGGUUUUUUGUUUUUUGUUUAUUUAUUUUGCUCAUUUUAUGCAAAUGAGAUCAUUUAAGAUUAAAGAACAUUAAACUAAAAUUCAAUGUGUUUGGCAUCGAAGAGCAGUAAAUCCAGAAUGCUAAUUAGUGUCUGGUGGAACAACACACUAUUUACUUAGUUCUCUCACCGUUUUCUUCUAUUGGUAUUCUCAAGCUGAUUUUCUCAGAAUGUUUAUGUAGACAGUAGCUGAACAUAUUUCUUUCUACUUCUGAUCCAUGUGAUAGAUGUUGUUUCAAUAGCUAAGUGAGACUAUUAAGCGUCAAGAUGUGUGUGGGUGUUGUAGGUUGUGAAUUAUAUAGAAACUCAGUAUUGUGUUUGUAGAGCAUACUGUUAUGGUAAUGAUUGUACUGUAUUGUCACAAUGAACCUUGUAAAUUAUGUUCUGGAUUACAAGAUGAGGGACCUGACGACUGAAACAAGUCAAUGUCGUAACUUUGCUUGGACUAGAGUACCUACAGUGAUUUUUAGUUUUUGUCUAAUUUUGUUUUUCCAUCUCUUCUUUAUCUAAAUUUAUAAAAGUCGAUGACAAACAUUAAAUUUCUUUAGGAAUAUGCAAUGACUUUUUUGAUAUCUUAAACUGCACUAUUUUGUCCAUUAGACAAUAAAAGAAAAUGUGUCUGUUCCAAUAAAGAACUUUAA